UCCAACCGCACCAGAUCCAACUCAAUAGUCUUCUCCGCUUCUCGGAGUAAAACACAGAAAGAGUGAUACACCACUUUCUCCCGAUUUCUCCUCUUAAUUCCUUUAACUCAAAUAUCUUAUUAUUCCCCUGAUCCAACCCAUUCACUUCGUUUCAACUUAUUGACCAUUCUCACCUCCUUCUUCUCCAUUCCCUUUUUCCUCUGCAAAUUCAAAUCUUCUCUGUCAAAAUUCACCAUUUGAUCUUCACUUCCACGCCGUGAACAUCAUGUAAAACUGUAAUUAACUAUUUUCUCUUCGAGUAAUUCAAUUAUUUAAGCAAUGAUAGAACAGUGAGACGCGAAAUUUAAGAGGAUCCACGCGAUUGGGAUUGCCGCCGGCCGCGGCGAAAUGGAUGCUUCACCGGCGAAGUUUCUAUUCGGAUUCCUCUUUGCUUCCAUAAUACUAUGGAGUAUUUUCGUGUUUGCUUCCAGUAUGCUGGCUUGGAUUCUAAGCCGAGCCAUGGGAGCAUCUGUUUCCUUCCGUGUUGGAGGAUGGAAAUGCUUGAGAGAUGUGGUGGUGAAGUUCAACAAGGGUGCAGUUGAAAGUGUAUCCAUUGGCGAAAUUAGACUCAGUAUUCGUCAAUCCUUGGUCAAGCUUGGGGUUGGUUUUAUGUCCAGGGAUCCAAAACUACAGGUGUUAAUAUGUGAUUUAGAAGUUGUAAUGAGGGCUCCCAGUAAAAUCUCAAAAAAAGCAAGAUCUCGUAAAUCUCGCAAGUCAGGUAGAGGGAAGUGGAUGGUUGUAGCUAAUAUGGCUAGAUUUUUGUCAGUUUCAGUGACUGAGUUGGUUGUGAAGACACCAAAAGCUACCGUUGAGGUCAAAGAGUUGACGCUUGAUUUAUCUAAAGAUGGUGGAUCCAAGCCAGAAUUAUUUGUUAAGUUGCUGCUUGCUCCUAUUUUUGUUCACUUUGGUGAAUCACGAGUCAGUUAUGAUCAGUCAUCAAUGCAUGGUGGAUCUUUACCUUCCAACCAUACAUUACUAGGCAUGACAGAGAGGGUCUCUGCUCCUUUCAGCUGUGAAGAAUUUUCCAUCACGUGUGAGUUUGGCCAUGAUAGGUAUACCCUCUUUUAAAUGUUUCAUUUUGUU